GGACGUUCUAUCGAUUCUCUGCCUGUAAGGAGUGCUUUUCUCGUUUGUCGUGUCGUCGUGUUCGCUGUAGGGACGCGAUCGAUUUUUCGCCACUGCUUUGAGUUUGAUGUGCAUGCAAUUCUCGUAUCACGAUGUUCACGGCGACGCUCAUCUUGAUGUCUUGCGUGUACUCGCAGGGAACCUUCCAAGGCAAGACAGCGUGGGCCGUAGGCACAGAAUGAACACCAACAUGCCUUGAAGUCCUCGACGCACGUCUCGGAUGACCUGCUUGGCGACUUUGCAACUACGUAUCUCCUUGGUGUUCAGCACGGUGAGGCCAUCUUCAAAGAGUCGCCUAGACAACCAGGCGACGGCACGAUGGACGCAUAGGUAAGCCAUGUGCUGUUCGACAUUUCGCCAUGUCGUAUUUGCGUUCAGCUUGGAGGCGCACACUGACGGAGUAAGCGGGCACGGCUGUGGAGUACCAAAAGACGCGGGUGCAGUCAUCUCGGGAAACUUGGGCGGCGCGAGGGCAGCGUCCCAGUUGAUAUUUUCAAUUUGCGCGAAGGCGAAGGCGAACCGGAGCGAGCAAACUGCAGCUGGUAGUAAACUGCAGUAGACAGUGCCCGACUCCUAGCUCUCCAAGUUCAAGUCAGGUUGCACUCAGGGUCAGGUUGCACACAGCUUUUACCUGACCGUACCCUGCAGCAUUUUGCAGAGAGGUCUGCUGCGGGCACACCCGGAGGAGCAGGUGUAGUGGAAAGAGUGCAGAAGAAGUAAGAGGGACGUCAACGUCUCGGAUUCGAACAAAAAACUCUCCGACAAUGGUGGCCACAAGCAGUAGCGACGGCGGGGUCCAAGAGCCCGGUGUGGUCGAAAUGAUGGAGUACGUCAAGACGCUUGAAAUUGACCCACUCAGAGACCCCCACAUGCUCUGGAUCGCAGAGGCAGCCUACCAAGCAGCAUUGCCGCCAGAUUGGGGAGAGUACAUGGACCCGCAAGGUACGCGAUAUGUAUUUUUCAGUUUUCUUUUUCAUUUUCAUAUCAUAUGAUGAAUAUGUUCAGUGAUCGUGAUGACCACCUAAAACCCUAUUUAGUAGGGUUUUAGGCUAUUGUCAAUCUUUCAUACAUCAAGAAUCCAAUCAAUGGUUUGAGACAAGUUUUCCUCAAAUCACUUGGCUGAAAAACGCAGGCCGCGUCUACUUUUACUGUUCCACCAGUGGGGAGAGCAGCUGGAGCCAUCCACUGGAUGAUGUCUACCGAGACAUGGCGCAAUCUUACCGCGACGCGGUUUCUCGUGGCGGCUUUUGGCUACUGGAAGAGAAGCUUGCGAAGGAGGAGGAGAAAACAAAAAAGGAGCUCGACCAGUGGACCGAGGGCCAGGACGACAAGGGGGAGCGGUUUUUCCACAACAAAUCCACUGGGAAAAGCACUUACGCUGACCCAGCGGCGCUCUGGAAUCACAAGCUGUUCGUGAAACUCAAGCUUCUGCAGGCAAUGAAGGAACGGCAUCCGAGUAUGGCGGUCGCCAAAAAGCCAGAUCCGAACGACCCACAGAAGCCGACCUUCGAAGUUAGUGGAGACGCCCAGCUAGCCGCGGUCGCGAUCCGAGUGCAGGCAGUGAUUCGAUCACUACUAGCGAAGAAGCGCUUUAAGGAAAUGAAGUACGUUUUGUUCUUGUUCACAACUUAUGUUGAUGACGCAGUUAAAUAGUCUAGAUACUUCUAACAACUCUUGAACAUCACCGCCCUAACCGUCACGUUCUUCAGAAGAUCCAUGUUGACAACCCGAGUAGCUAUAGGAAUAUAGCACUUUUUUCCGCACGUGAUGAAUAUCACACAACAGAGAGAAGAAGGGAACCAGCCUGACGCGUGGCGUGGCGCCCUCCUUACGGGGGAAACUCCGGCUAAAGGUCCAGAAGACGGAUGACGGCAAAGAGGAACUGCUGCUGUCGCAAACCACCGGAGCGCGUCGGGACAAAGCCGCGGUGCGAAUACAAAGUCUUGCGCGAAGUUACAUCGUCAGGAAACGCAUCAAGCCGCUCCUGGCGCACCGAAGACACCUGGGGAAGAUAGUAGUUCCCAUACAGACGCGGAUGCGAAUCGUAUUGGCGAAAAAGCUAGUGGCCCGGAUGCGAAAUCGAAAAUUCAUUCGCUCCGCCACUUCAAUUCAAGCACUGCAAAGAGGGUACUUUUAUAAAGAUAAAUGCCACGAGGAUGAACUCGGUCUAGCUACUACAACUACUUCACAUUCACUCUCUGGGUCAUGGCGGAUUACUCCUUCUCUGGUCUGAAAAAAGGCAAGAUGACCAUGCGCAAAAUCUGUGCAUCCAAUUUCAAAUUAUGGACUCGCUGUUGGACGAGACGGCCGUGCGAAUAAAGUUAAAGUGUUACUGCCUUGUUCUCGCACCGUCAGUUACAUUCCAUCUCCGACUCCAUGGCCAUGACUUCACAGGAUCAAAGGUCGCGAGCGAUAUCGAAGGAUGUUGACGGAACAGGGCGCCGAGAAGAGAAAGAACGAACAGAUCGUCAUGAUGCAGUGCGCUUUUCGAAUGACGCUGGCAGUCCGAAGAAGGCGACGAAUGAAAGAGCAGCGUCGCGGCAUCGCACAGAAGACAUUGGCUUCUGCCAUGAAAUCGUACUAUCUAAGUUGUAUUUUUCCUCCACUUUGUAUUUCUCCUCCACAGCUCGUCGCUCUGUAUACCAGAGAAAUUUAUAGACAGGGAGUAGGGAGGACCCUGGAGGACCAGGGAGGACCAGGGAGGAGCGUUCGCGUCUAUAUAAAAAAAGCAUCGGGCAUUUUUUCAAAAUGUGUUCACCGAUGGCAUGGCGAACUUUCGGGCCAAGGCCCCUUCAGCUUUCUGAUAGCCAUACCAAUAACAACUGCGUGACGAAAUUGAACAGCGACGCAGUAAAUUGUUGAAGUAGCCACUUCAACAGUUUGCGUUGUUGUUCAGUUUACAACUUGCCAUGCAGUUGUUAUGGAAGUGGCUACUUCAAUUCGCACAGGCAAACUGUUGAAGUUGCCAUUUCAAAAACUUGCGUUGUGCAAAUUUUUGAAGUAGUCACUUCAACAAUUUGCGUUCUUGUUGUUGUUCGGCUUGGGUUUGCAACGUGUCACGCAGCUUGUGUUGAAGUGGCUACUUCAACUUCGCGGAGAGUUGAGGUAGCCAUUUGAAUAGCAAGCGCAUGACAAAUUGCCACAAUAGUGACAAUUUAUUGAAAUUGAACAAAAAUUGCGAAAGUGGCCACUUCAACAAUUCGGGUUCUGCGAAUUGUUGAAGUGGCCAUGAUUUCAAAAAUUCGGGCUGUGCAAAGUGUUGAAAUGGCCAUUUCAACAAAACCCUAAAUUGCAAUUGUUGAAAUGGCCAUUUCAACAUUUUGCACGACCCGAAUUAUUUCAACAAUUCGCAGAACCCGAAUUGUUGAAAUGGCCACUUCAACACUUUGCACAACCCGAACUGUUGAAGUGGCCACUUCAACAAUUCGCAGAACCCGAAUUGUUGAAAUGGCCAUUUCAACAUUUUGCACAACCCGAAUUGUUGAAGUGGCCACUUCAACAAUUCGCAGAACCCGAAUUGUUGAAGUGGCCAUUUCAACAAUUCGCAGAACCCGAACUGUUGAAAUGGCCAUUUCAACACUUUGCACAACCCAAAUUGUUGAAGUGGCCACUUCAACAAUUUGGGUUGUGCAAAUUGUUGAAAUGGCUAUUUCAACAAUUUGCGUUGUGCAAAUUGUUGAAAUAAUUGUGCAAAGUGUUGAAGUGGCCACUUCAGCAAUUCGGGUUUUGUUGAAGUGGCCAUUUCAACAUUUUGCACAACCCGAAUUGCUGAAGUGGCCACUUCAACAAUUCGCAGAACCCGAACUGCUGAAGUGGCCACUUUCACAAUUUUUGCUCGCACACGACGCAAAUUGUUGACAUAGCCACUUCAACAAUUGGCGUCGUUGUCCAGCUUCAGUUUGCAACGUGUCGCGCAGCUGCUCACGACACUCUGGUGGAGAGUUGAAGUGGCCACUUCAUCAAAAGCUGCGUGACAAGUUGCAAACUGAACAACAACACAGAUAAUUCUUGCUGCAGUGGCUAUAAUUUGAACGCGUUUGCGUUGUUGUUCAAUUUCAACAACUGCCACUACUGUGGCAAUUUGUCAUGCAGUUGUUAUCGAAGUGGCUACUUUUUCAACUUUCUUCCGAUGGAGGACAGUUGGAGUAGCCACUUCAAUAGUUUGCCCUUCAUUUCUGCGCUACAGCUUGCCAAUCAUGAUGGCAAUUUGUAACGCAGAAACGAAGGACAGGAGAAAGCUCUUCGCGUUUCUUUUGUCCUUCAUUUCUGCAUUUGUAACGCAGAAACGAAGGAGAAUAAAGCUACUGAGAGUUGAGAAAGCCACUUCAACAGCUUCGCACUUCCUUGGCCCCUCAGCCUCAUUUGUGCGCUACAGCUUGCCAGCCGUUGACUUUGGCAAGCUGCCACGCAGGCCGGCGAGCGCCAUAGCCAUAAAACUCAGGCGCCAAAAGUCGUGCCGCCGUGCAGUUUUCGCCGGGAGCUGGGUCCGAGGAAGGCUGGACUCCGCUCCUGGGAGCUGAAUCCAGACGCGCUCUCUGUUCGUAGAGCAUGGCGCAGAGCAAGGGGCGCACAAGUGGCGACCCCUGUUAGCGCAAGUUCCCCACCCACUUUCCAAAAUAAAAGUUUCCAAAGCCCCAAGCCCUUGGCGCGUCUGUUGCCCGCCAGCCGGGGCGCCGUUUGUGCGUGCCGUGCCCUCGGCUGCCCAGCUCGCGCCGCGUUUGGCAUUGGGAAGACACUCCGGCGCGGCGCGCCGCCGGGCCCUUUUUUUUUUUUGAGCCGCCUGGCACUAAGUAUGUACAAACACCGAAAGGGCUGCCCUUCGUGGGUCUUGCGUUUUUCGCCAUGCCCAGGGGCGCCCGCUCCCUUUGUUGUGUCGGUGGCCCUUUUGGGGUCGCCAGCGCCCCUCGCGCGCGAUUUUGGCAGAGCAGCGCGGGGCGGGGGCGUUGUGGCAAGGCGGGGCCCCGCGCGGUUUUUGCAGGCCAGCCUUUGGGAGGUCCCGCGAGUGAGGCCGCCCGCCACCGGGCAAAAUGGCAGGCCGGCGGGGAGGCGACUUGGCCCAGGAGCCAGGAUGGCAGUGGGCGCACGCAAAUGCCUCCCGCUGACCUUACAUACCGCGGCGCCAGUGGGUGCGUCCGUUGGUGCUGUAGGGUAUUGCGGCUCUUUGGCGAUCGCGGGCGAAGCAACUCGGGGGCGGGGGCUAAGGCCCCCCCUGCGCUAGCUUUUGACUGGGCCCGGGUUUUGGCCCCUGCGCCACGCACCCCGGGUGGGCCAUUAGAAGUUGCCCGGGCCAGGCCCCCCCGCCGGUUUUUUGUUGCAGAGUGAAAGAACAGCCGCGCGCCGGGGGCCCGGCGCCCGCUGGCUUUUGCGCGCGAAGCCCGGAGGCUUCUUGCGGCCGGCCGCAAGCGGCAAGCGUCUCUCUGGCCUCCGCGGCCUUGUGCGCAGCGCCCGGCCCAACCCGAGCGACCGCCCGCGGUCGCCCCAAGGCCCCGGCGGCUAUUUCAUUCGGGCGGGCUAGGGGGGCUGGUGGUGUUCCAUUCCCGCCCCGGCAUAGGCGCGGGCUUCUUUUGUAGCUAUGCUCGCUGGGGAUGGGGUCCGGAAUGGCUCCGGGCGGCUUUGGCCCGCCGCGGCCCAGCGCAGUGAGUGCUUCCGAAAGAAAGUAUUUCAAGGGGGCGCCGGGUGUUUUCUGCGUUGGCUUUUCAUUCUAUUGGCUUUGGAAAAUUUUGGGAAGGCUUCGGGGAGAUAUUCGGGAGGCCCCUGCCGUGCUCUUUCCAGUUUUUCCAGAAAAAAGAAGAACGGGGGGGCCCGCCUUGCGGCCUCCGCGUUGGUGCGUCUGCCCGGGCCCGCCGCACGGGAGGCGCGCCCGCAUAUUGGAGGCGUUGGCCCGCCCCGGGGAAAGGGUGCGCCGCAGAGCGCGGCCAGGGAGGCGGGCCAGUCUGCCCUUUGCCGUCCGAGCCCGCCCCGGCGGCUUUCGCUUCUGCCCUGCCCUCCGCGCCGCCCCAUGGCAGUCUUUUGGCCGGCCUUGUGCUUCGGGGCAGCCAGGCGGCCUGUUGGCCCGCCUCCGUCCGCCCCGGCGCGCGCCCGUCCAUUUCGCCGGGGGCCCCGGGCCUUCGCUCCUUGUAUUGCCCGGCCCGUGCGUGUGUCCCACGCACUCGGCGUGCGGGUGUACCGCCCGCGCCCUAGCCAGAAACUGCCUGCGUGGCGCGCCCCGCCCGCGCGGGCGGGCACGAAAAAGGGGCCGGCCCCAGGACAGGCGUGCGCGGGCGAAGGGGCCCGCAGGAAGGGUGGCGCCACUUAUUUUGCCCACUGGACUGACUGACUUCGCCCGGUCGGUCGCAAUGGCGGUGGGCACGCACCCACGCAGGCAAACCAGCUCGGCGGCCGAACUGCCGGCGAGGGCCCGAGGAACGAUGGAGCAGAGAAGCUGCAUGCCGCCGCCCUAAUGAGAAUGAAGACUGGCAAAAAGAGCAGGGGCGGGGCCCGCCAAAAGUUGGGCGGCAGUGGGCCUCGGCCUGGGCAUCCACCCCAUGUGCGCGCCCAUGCUAUGGGCACCGUUGUGACAGCCGGGCGGGCCGUGCCCGGCCUGCCGCGCGCGGCUUUCUCUGGGCCCUCUCGCGUAGUUCGGGUCCAGAGGGGCCGUGGGUCUUGGUCUUGCUUUUCCUUUAUCGGUCGCCGCGCCGCCGUGUCCUGCAGAACAUUACUCAAUAGGCAUAGCCAUUAUUUAGUCAUGACGGCGUGGCACGGGAGUAAAGACCUUGGAAUUAAUGCGGGCAGGGUGCCUAACCCGCGGGGGAGAAAACAGUCCAAAGCCCGGGGCGGUUGGAUGUGGAUCAGGGGCAAAUUUUGUGUAUGUGCUGGAAAUUUAUUGUUGAAAUAUUUUUGAAAAGCUUUGCGCGGUCCGUUUGUAGGGUAGCUUUGCCUUUGCCAUCGCGUCGCCUUAUAGCUUUGUCUUUUGUCGCCGCAUUCCCGACAUCGCACUACCAUGGGGAUUGAGUAUAUUCCGCAUGGAAAACUCGCGCAAAUUGUUAAAGAGCACCAUACCGCCGCGAUUGGGGUUUUUAUGAUUUUUCGGUUUUCGGUUUUGGGUUUUAUAUAGCAAAAUCUCCUCCCUGGUCCUCCCUACCCUGGGACCCGGGAUUCUAUAAACUCUUCUGGUAUACUCUGUUGAUAUCUUCAGACUUAAAUUACAUGAUCGCCGGAGGUUUUGGCCGAAAUUCGUCUCUUUGAGACUACAACACAGUAGAAAAUCAUGAUGUUGCGACCCUUUUUACUGCAGUUUCUUUCAGCAUCAAAGAAAACCCCCUCGCAUCCUUUCCUCAUCCUCCUGAUUCUUGACACAAAACGAAUUUGACAGGUUCUUGGCGGCGAAAAAGAUUCAGAUGCUCGCCAUUGCAGAGCGCCCAGUCUUGUGCAACUUCAUUCUGCAAGAAGACUCUUUUGUCCCGUGGCGUUUCAGACUCCAGAUGGCACCGGUGAAGGCCGGAAAAAUCCUCAAAAAGCCGUAUUUGAUAUAUACGCACAAGCAGGCAGAUACGACUUGUUUUUGAGCUUGGCUGUUUUGGUUGCGGUUUUGUCUUUGUGUGAAAAUGUUCGACGUCGUGGUGUUGAUGUAGAACACGACGAGUACUACUACCGAGGAAACUACAUUUUGUGAAUUCCGAAACACGACAAACAGGAACGGCGUUUACGAGCUUUUCAAUAGCGAACCUGCGCAGCAGGCUUACAUGUUGAAGUGCAUCGUAGACAUCCAGCGCGUACUCCGAGGUUCCCUAGUCCGGAUCGCCAAGCUGCGUAGGAUGAUGGUAGGUCGCGCCCCGGUAAUGGAGGCUCUCCGGGACGCUCUCGGUUUGGUCGACGCCCGCGCCGAGGCUUCCGUAACGAUUCAGGCUAGAGCAAGAGGGUUCCUCGUGCGAAGCAGAGACGUACUGAUGCUCAAUAAACAUGAAGAAAUCAUUUUUUCAAUUGAUAGACCACUACUUCUUCCGCCAACGCUCCGCUGUUUCUGCAGCGCAAUACUGACUUUCGCUACUUCACACUCCAUGAGCAAGAGAUCCGCGAGGAAGGAAAGACUUAAGCCCCCACUGUAAGCAGGCAUGAUCUAUCUAUCCUGUUGCUGUUGGUUCACAAACAAAUCUCAGAUCGAACGCGAGCAACUUUUCCUUCGUUUCAGUCGCGAGGGCAGCAAGGCGCACCAGGCACUGCUGCUCGUGCAGCAGAAGAUGAAGCAGGUGUGGGCGACCCAGUACCUGAAGGUCGAACUCGCGAACCAGUGGCUGCGGCAGAACGCCACCACCAUCCAGAGGCACUGGCGGGGGUACUUGGGGCGCAAACUCGUGGAGGACCUGAUCGAGGAGUCGUGCUGGCCGCUGCGGGGGUUUUUCGAGUACCAGCAGACCGGCCCGGAUUCCGUCAUGGUGCAGGUGAAUUUCUACCCCUCCCGGCACUUCGACGAGUACCGGUACUUUGUAUCCUGUGCAAAAGUUGUUUCGUACUCGUACUAGGUGCAGAUAUGCAUGACAAAUCCAACUCUCAUGUUCAUCUACCUGAAAUAGCAUGACAAAUUGCUUUUUUUUCUUGGGAAAAUUUGUAUAUGCAUUUUAAGUAUACUAGUACGAUACUUUUGGUUUUGCAAUGCAUAGUUUGAGCGGUACGGCGACGUGGAGGACUUGUCGCUCGCGUUGGAGGAGAUGGAGCUGGAAGUUGCGCUCUGUGUGGACCUAUGCAAUACAAAUUUCCCGCACAUGUACAAGAUGCAUCACAAAUUUCACCAAUUUGAAGCGUAAAAAUUGUUAUGCUAAACUAGGAUCGAAGCCAAGUUUUGUCAUGCAGAAACCGCAUGUGUACCUGUACCACGUGUACGGAAAAUUUACUGUGGAUAGGACCAGUACCUGCAGGACCGAAAUCUCUUGAAACCAAGCAAAACCGCGAUGAAGCGACACCAACCAAGGCUGCCCCUGGCAGAGAGUCCCCGACCGCCGGUGUCGCCGUCCGGCCACUUUCUACGCGGACCGGCCGCGGAAAAACACUUUCAACAAACAGAUGCAGAGGUGGUGAUGGAGGAGGGCGAGGUAAGUUCGUUGCGUGUGGUGCGGGUAACAUCGCUUUGUUGUUCAUACUUUUGUUCCCAGCUCUUGUUUUGCUGGUUUGGUUCCGAUUCAACCUCUCACCGAAUCCGAAUGUUUGAUUUCGAUUUUUUCCCAAAGUACGGCAGCUCCCAUGAUCGAUCCACUAACUUCAGGUUGAGCCGCCUUCUGUCGCUGAACCCGAGAGCGCCGCGCCUAACGAUUUAGAGCCACCAGCCGAGGCAGAGAAGCAUGAGGCGGUAGAGGAGACAAGCACUAGCGCACCGGCACCACCAGUGGGAGAGGAUGGUGGAAAGACGGAAAGAGAUCUCGCAGCAGGUCCCGAAGGCGCGCCACCAGAUGCCGGAGGCGCAAGUGCAGCCACAGCAGCGACAGAAGACGCCGCAGCGCUUGACGUAACGCGAAAUGAUCUUCCCAUAGAACAACAAGAGGCACCAGCACAGACGAAAGAAGCAGCAGAAGCGCCGUCUGCUGGAACGGAAACGGUUGCUGGUGCUGCGCCAGAGCCUGCAAAAGUUGCAGAAGACGCACCACCAGCAAUAGCUGCAGCUGCAGCAGAUUCCGCUGCAUCGCCGCCACCACCACCGGUAUCGAAAUCAAAGGAGCGCCUCACUACGAUAGAGCUCGAGACGAUCGCGGUUCAUGAAGAGGUGGACCGCUUAAAGGACUGGGACGCGGCGCGAGCAGAGUCCGGCAUGCCACUCGCCACAAAUACAAAGGGAAAGAAGGAGCACCAGGGAUCCCCCAUCGGUAUCAAGUCGCCAAAAAAAGGCGACGGAAAGCAGGUAGACCAACAGAAAGAGAAGGAGAAAAAACGAAAAGUAACCAAUUCUGCCUUCAUCUUCACCGAUCCAGACCCCAGUGCGGUGCAUACGCUGUUUAUCCAGGAAAAAACACCCAUCCCCAUCCAUUUUUUGCAUGACGUCAAAUAGUGCACUUCAUGCAUGUUUCGCAUGACAAAUUGGAUGGGGAUGGGUGUUUUUUCGUGGAUACUGUUCAAGGAGAAAGCGGGAGAUUACGCGCCCGACAUGACGGAUCUCGAAGCGCGAAUGCCGAAAAGAAAAAGCCAGAGUCCCGAGCGAAUACCUACCGCCACCAGCUCCCAAGCUGCGUUCGACCCCAGAAGACCGGGAAGCGGGUGAGACACAACUACUGUUUGAUCUACUAGUUUGGAAUUGGAAGUGAGUCUAGCCAGCCUAGAGAAAGUUUGUGGAAAAUAUCAUUUCGUCGAUCUAUCUUGAUCUUGGUCUUGCCUCUUCCGUUGUCUUAGUCAUGUGGGCGUAAACAUUUUCAGGUCCACCGCGGCUUCCCCUGCAGCCGCAGCGCGGACGGAAAGCAAAGAGGAGGGAGCAGGUCCCGUCGAAGGUGAGGAGGUUGGCGGCAGCAGCCCCAGCUCGUCUCCCAAGAGACGGCGCAAAGGCAAAUUUCCAGCCCCUCUCCCGAGAAAUCCAUUCAGGCCGGAGCUUACAGUAUUGCUUGAUUUGAUUACAACUUCGCUAGCCAGGUAGCUUUUUAUUUUCUACAUGUACUAGUACUACUAGUACUACUGUAGUAGUUCAAGUUCUAGUAUCUUGCGUGUAAACCUGGGCCUGCGCGGAUGACGGCGCGCUUAAAUUUUUAGACCCUGGCGAGCUUGAAGUAGAGGAUGUUAUAAAUAUGGCGCACGUCUUCAUCACUGCAGGUGGAACACAGCGUGACCGGGAAAGUUGCGGACCGCAAGAGCUACGCCGGCGAGUUUCGGGAGGGCCGGUUCUACCGCAUAUGGAUGUGUCAGGAUUGAAAUCGACAAAGUUGAAAGGAUUUGUAAUGCAUAAAAUUGAUACCAGUUGCAGUUAGAAGCCCAAUUUCUAAGCGUUGCAUGACAAAUUUCGGGACCGUUUAAAUCCAGUUUGUCAUGCUGUUGAGGGACAGAAGGCGUCUUUUGUCAUGCUACUUUAGCAGCUCUCUCGCAGACCCCAAACAGGCUGACUGUCGGCCUCACUUGCAAUCCCUGCAAGAGAGGCACUGCGUGCCUUGCAGUUCCUGCAUGAGAAAUUAUUUCAACUUUAACGAUUCUGUCCUGACGCUUCCAUACCGCAACCGGCGGCAGUACAAGGACCUGUCCGAGCGGGAGAAGCUAUGGGAGUGUCAGAAUUGAAAUCGACAAACAAGUUGAAAUAACUUGUAAUGCAUAAAAUCGAUACCAGUUGGAAGCCCAAUUUCUAAGCGGUGCACGAGAACUUUCGGCACUGUCUACUAAAUCCAGUUUGUCAUGCUGUUUAGGGACAGAAGGCGUCUCUUGUCAUGCUACUUUAGCAGCUCUAUCUUCACAGACCCCAAACAGGCUAACAGUCGGCCUCCCUUGCCAUUCCUGCAAGAGAGGCACUUCAUGCCUUGCAGUUCCUGCGUGAGAAAUUUGUCGAUUUCAAUCCUGACACUUCCAUAGAAGCAGUCGAUCCUGUACGACCUGAAGGAGGAGCGGAAGCGGAAAGUCGUUUUUCUCGCGAAGAAGAAGCGCGACUUCGACGCACGGCAGCGCGAGCGACAGGAAGACGAGCGCGAGCGGUUUCAUCAGCAGAUGGUUGGCGUCAACUCGGAGCUGCACGAACGGGAGGCGAAGCGCGUGGAGACGCUCACGAAGUGGCUGGCGGAAAAGGAGGAAAUGGCGAAGAAGAAGAAGCGAAAAGAGCAGGAGACGAUAGAACUGGUGAUACGGAAAAAGGAGGAGCGGCAGGCAAAGCUCGACAAGCUCGACAUGGAGCGGGCGGAAGAGCGCGAGAGACGGCUCCAGGCAGCGGAGAAGAAGAAAUUUCAGCUGGUGAAGCAGAUCGAGGGGGCGCGGCUGUCCGAGCACGACUCCGCGCACCAGCGCGACCCACACACCGGGGAGGUGCACCGUCAUGUGCACCACCACAUUCACUACCACCACGUCACGGAAGACGGGGAGGAGGAGCUCUCGCACGCGGCGCGGGUCCACGUGGAGCGCGAGUCCGAGUCCUCGGUGAUGCGAAAAGGUGCCGAGAACGCCUCGCCCCUCGCCCAAACGGCCAACAUGCCGGUCGACGGAGGAAGCAGGCUCACGGAGGGCGCGCUGCAAAACGAGGCGCCGACCGUGUCCGGGACGGAAACGGAAAACGACGCGGGUAGUUAUCUGGUGCCUUCGACUACAGAGGAGGAAAAUGUAAUACAUGCUGGUGGUGCAGCAACAUCAAUGAGCAGCAGGAGCAGGAAAGAUCCGGCAAACCAACCGGAUAAGGAAAUCCAGCAACACGUACACUACCACGUUCCGCACGGAGUCAACGCCCAGAACUUCGUGGAAGAGGGGGGCGUCCCGCCGCCGGUGGAGCUGGUGAUCCCGCCCGUUUCUACCGACGAAACCAUUACGAAGCCCCCGGGCCCGUUGUCUCCGAAGGGCUUGCAGAAACUCGGAAAGCGCACGGGGCUGCGGCAGUUCUGUCACAACAUCAGCACCGCAAUCGACUCCUACGCCGACACGAGGAGGCCACGGUACCUCCGCGACAAGCACUUUGUGCCGCUGCCGCUGCCGCACGAGCGAGGCAACUCGCAAAUCCUCCGCGGGUACGGCAGUCAGAACUCCUCCCAGCGUCUGUCGCCGCAGGACGUGGAAGAGUUUGAACACUACUCGCAUUACCAUCAUCACCACGUGGAGGAUGCAGAGGAGUGAUUCAUAUGCUGUUCUUUGAGCAAAUGAAGAAGAAGAUCAACGUCCACUACGUGGUUACAACACCUACAGGUCCUGCGACUAUGUAUGAUUGAAAAACUUAAACUUCACUAGUAAGUAGUUUCGAAUGAACUAAACCAAAAAUGACAAUAAAGGGUUAGCGGAAAGAAAAGGAAAACUCAAAAUGCAUACGGAUUCCGAACGGCGAAGAUGACGCAGCUGAUGCGAUUUUUACGUCAUCCUCGUCGAUAGUAAUUGACUUUUGUUAUAAACCUCUAUUCGCGUACAAGGUAAAACUGAGAGAGUCAGCUCUCACAUGCAUCGGCCAGGAUCAGCUGGACCCUCCAUGCAUAAACAACCUUCAAUUUGUCAAGUGCCUCGAAAUCAAACAACUUCAAUUUGUCAAUUUUCUCCUUUCACAAAUAAACGCAACUGAAACUGAUAUGAAUCAACUCAAACGGAAUUUUUAUCUUUUGCCCAAUUGUUACUGUUACAAUCAUCUGCUUCUUCGGAAGAUAGCGAUAACCACGUAGAAGAGAUGCCGAUAGAUAUUUCACAACAGUGCUCCGGCUACCUCCGUUUCGGAGCAAAUGGCCCGGCGAUGAACUCGAAUUUAUCUUCUAAAAAAGGUAUGAAAACGAAAAUUAAACCCGGACUCACUGGUACCAUCCUCAACGAACUCCUGAACUUGUAUUGUACGAAAGAAAUUGCAUAUGCAUCCGGUCUACGAUGAAACACACUGAAACGCACAGUGCCAAGUUGUAUAUGUUGGCGUGUGCUUGUGCCUCGUGCUGCGAGUGCUUUUAUGAAGAAGAGGAAGAACUCGAUGGUACAAAAAUCAGCUAAGUUAGUAGCGUCAGACACAGCAGUUACAAUGUAUCGGACCACAGGCGGUUUUGGUAGCACUACAGCUUGGGUUCGUGUUGCAGCGCAUCACCGACGAGAAAGCGGGCCGCUUUUUCGGCGGUGAUGCGCAGGGUUCUGAUGCGGUGACGGGCGUGCAC